CAGAUUUAAUAGUUACCAAAUAAAAUCUAAAUAAGUAAUUUUCCUCUCAAAACUCAGCCUCAACAUUGAACUUAAUAGAAAAGAAGAAAAAUAGAAACAUAAAUUCACAAAAAUAAUUAAUUUAAUAAAUAAAACUCCAAGUGCAAUAUCUACUUUAAAAGUCAAAAACUCCAAACAAUAAGUUUAAAUAAAUUUCAAUUUAUAAUUAACAAAUAAUUUCUUUGUAGAGCGAGAGUAAUUUCCACGAUCUUCCCCCAAAACUGGAAUUUUUUUUUAACGAAAUAUUUUGGAAAAAAUAACCAAAAAAACAAAAAACUCCGCCUACCCAAACAAGAAUAUAGAGAAAUAUUGGGGAUUAAAAUAUAAUUUCUUUAAAAAAAGAAUGCAGUGAUGCCGGUAAUUGAAAAUCUUAGAGAGAAGAAUUUGACCGAAGUUUGACCGGAGCUGGGCGAAUCGAGCAUUUAUGGAAAAAUAUUCCGGCCAAAGAUUUUCUAAUAUUUUCCUAAAUUAUAUCUCACCCUAACGGUAACAAUCUGAAUUGUAAAAGGAAAUGAAACCAAAUUAGGAAUUAAUUUCCUAUUAAGUUUUGGUUUCCGGAGAUAAAUCUGAGAUUGAACUCCGAUUGAGUAAUUCUACUCCCAUAACUAAACAUCCAUUAAGCAUCUCCCGCCGGUUUAAUUUCAAGCUUUCCGUGUUUUUAAGAGAAAUAACAAUGGGAAUGGGUCCAGCGAUUGAAGCCUUCAGAAUGGGUUUUGAUCUUCCUGAUUUAGACAAUAUUUACAUUCCUCGAAAAAGAAGGGGAUCUUCCGGCGCCGGAAAAAAACAACCCGAGACUGAAUCCGAACUCCCCCUGACUAUGUUGGAGGCUGCGACAAUACUAAUAGAGAUGACAAACUCUGUUUCUGAUGUUAACCCUGAAAAAAUUAGCAACACCCACAAAAGGAAGAAUCCUCUGACGCCAAAGACUGCAACUAAGAAACAGAGGAAGAAGAAGGCAAAACAGAGCAAGUAUCCAUCGAUUCCUGAGAUGCCGGAAGCAUUGAGAGAUCGGAUCGUGGAGAUGGGUGGGUAUGAAAUUAGGCUGGUGAUUCAGAAACAACUUGAAGACACUGAUUUAAGCAAAAACCAUGGCCGUUUGUCCAUGCCGAUAAAGAAACUGUUGUUUGAUUUUACAACAGAGGAGGAGAGGAAGCUCUUGAGCGAAGUGGAAAACCAAAACAAGAAGGGGAUAAACACGGUGAUUAUAGAUGAUGUUGAAGAAAGAAUGAUUUGUUUGAAGAAGUGGAAGAUUGGAAGUGGAGAUGUGUACUGUUUGACGACACAAUGGAAUUCGUUGGUGGAGGAAACGGGAUUAAAAGUUGGACAACAUAUUCAAAUUUGGAGCUUUAGAAAAGAUGAUGAAAACGAAGCUUAUCAUGUUUGCUUCGCUAUGGUUAAGUUAGCACCUUGCUAAUUUAGCGUUUAUAAGUGAAGAGAAUGGAGAGUGGUGUUGUGUUGGUUUAAUAGAAAAUAAAAAGAAGAGCAAAAUUAGGGUUCUGGAUGGAAGAAGGUCAGAGAUUUUGAUGUUCUAGAGUUUUAGAGCUUUUAGAGAAUGCAAUUAAGGCCCAUCGGGCCAACUUUGUAGUUGUCCAAAUGCGCCUUUUUUGUAUUUGAGCAUGUAUACAAGGGGGAAUUUGGUGUAGAUGGCUAAAAUUUCCAUGUAUUUUUUAAAUAUUAUAAUCAAAUUCAUUUUAGAACAAUAUAGCUAAUCACGUGCAUACAAGAUUCUGAGCUUUUAUUUCUUCAAAUGACUAACUCCAGCAUUUUCAAUUAAUGCAAUCGCACGAUGAAAUAUGGAGAGCAUAGGAAGAAAAAAAAAAAAAAAACCAAUUCGAUCAUCAAGAAUAGAAACACUUUUCAAUGAUAAUCAAAUGCAACAAUUCUAAAAGAAAAUUAUUAUUCUAUCUUUAAAAAUUGUGACCAAGAAAAGAAACAAAAUUUCCAUUUGGAAAUAAUAAAUUGUGACUCAAGCAAGGAAAAUAUGUGACAAAAUAAAUAUUUCUAGAUAAGGAAAGAAAAUAUGCUGCGGGAAAUAAUAUUGUAUAUGACUCAACAAAUCUUUAACAAACUUUCCCAAACUUUCCCUUUGAUUCAUAAAUCUAUCUUAUUUUCUACGCAUGGAUUAUUGUUUAAUAUUCUUAUGAAAUAUUUGAGUGACAAACUAACUAUAUCCCUCUAGUCUUUGUUGACAUUUUUUUUCCAAUCACGGGAUAAAAUAAAAAUAAAAUCGACUCAAAAGCCUAAUCUUGCUAAUCCAAGCAUAACCCAACAUUAUAAAGUCAACCCCAAAAUUAAAAAUAAUAAUAAGAAGAAGAAAUUAAAAAGAAGCGUGGCCUAGUUUUUCAGUCCCUGUGACCUCUCUUCAUUUAACCCAAAAAUGUACAAAAUUAGCGUAUAAUUGGUGAUUAUUAAUAUACUCGAUAUCACAGCAGUCAUCGGCAAUAUUUCCCCACACCCAAGAUACCAGUAAUUGAACUUUAAUAUUUUACUUUAUUGGAAAAAAAUACAGUAAAGAAAAUCUGGAUCAAUGCAAGCCAUUUGGGAAAGAUAUCUUUUUAUUUUGGAUUUGAUUUUAAUUCAAUACCUAAGUUUUCAAAUACUAAAAUUUUACUUUUAAAUUUAGGUUUUGUUUCAAUUUAGUUUCAGAUUUCAAGUUCUACUCUUUAGACUCAAUUUUUCACUAAAUGCUUAUUUCAAUUUUGGCAUUUAAAUCUUUAGUAUUAAUGUCUAUUAAUCAAUUUAGAACUCUGUAUUGUACGAAAAUGCAAGCUACCCAAAAUCUCUGAGAACAAAAAAAUAUUUUCUGAAAUUAUUAUAAUUAUUAUUUACUUCAUACUUCCUUAUUAAGCUUUAAUUAAAGAAAAACCGAUAAGAAUGCAAAUUGAAGCCACU